AUGGACCCCGAUGGCGCGGAAGACGGAUCCCAGUCUCGGCAAGGUGGUCCCAAUGACCCGGAGCAAGCACCACCCGACCACGACUCGCCGCCCACCGACGCGUCUUCCAAGGCCAGAUUGUCGCGCAAGCGCACCAAGACGGGUUGCUUGACUUGUCGAAAACGCCGCAUCAAAUGCGGUGAAGAGCAGCCGGUGUGCAAAAAUUGCAUCAAGAGCAAACGAUCGUGCGAAGGCUAUAAUAGCCAGCGCGUCCUCCUCCACCAGCCCACUUACGACUACUCCGCCUUUCCCAACGGCGGAGCGCAAAUUGCUUUCCAAUCGCUGCCCUACCCUGGCCAAUUCGUGCCGCACGAUGCUGGCUAUGGGGGAGCUUUUGCUGCCGCUCCUGGGCAACACCCUUAUCCUGUAGGCGAGCACGGACAGCCCAUCCUGCACUACGCCGCGCCAAAUGCAUUUCCACCUCAUCCACCUCCUGCGUUACAGCCGCAUUCAACUGGCGAACCUGUCCAUGGCGUUCCGAUCAUUCACCUCGGCGAAGGGCGGGACGUAAACGCCAUGUUGCUCACGUCUGCUCCACCACUCGUCCCGUACAUUGGCUAUCCGAUCCCGUCGUCUUCUGCGCCUACGCUUGAGCAUGCAUCGACUCUCCAUCAUCCCAUGUAUCUCCCUCGAUCUGCCGCGCAUCCUCCCUCUCUGCCGCCAUACAUGAUACCACCCAGGCCCGUCAACACUGACCUACACUCUCCUGCUGCGACGGCGCCGUUCCACUCAUCCCCCUAUGGACCAUCUCCCACCUUCGAUCCGCAGAAUCGCGCAUGGCCAUCUCAGUAUCCGCCGCGAUCCGAUUCCAUCCAUCCGGAUGAGCCACUUCCGCUACCCGCGUCUGCCUUUCACGCGGGACCUGCGACAGCGCCACGCACUCUUCCCUCUCAAAACGUCCCCUCCCCUGAGCUUUACCAAGAGACGCGAGAGCCAUUCUCGGCAGAUACUACAAACACCCUCCUCGGCCAGGCAGCCGUGGAGACUCAAGACGACAACUAUUACGAUAUCGCAUCAGACGAAGAGAUGGACAUUGACUCCUCGGCCGUCACAGGCCUUGCGCACGAGCAACUACAAAAGCUACACCGGAUCCUCCAAGUCAACAAUAUCCGCGUUCAUGAUUUAGAGACGCGACAACAUGAUGGAUUUCUUUACGAAGGCAUUCUCGAUCACUAUCGAGUGGAGGACGCGGCGAAUCCGCUACGGAAUCCGGCCACAGCACGCGUUUUCGCCCAUUUCAUUGCCGUCACGGGACCGUGUCUAUCGGUGUUCGAAAGGCGGCCGCGCAAUACGUCGGUGCUUUUCGCCGAUGGGAAAGUCCCCUUUGCUCAACAAGGGCUGUGGACGUACACCAUGCCGGUGGCGGCAUUACACCACCAAGGCCUGCUGCACUCCAUGCUCGCGCUGGCGAGUCUUCACAUUGCGCGCCUGCAGAACGCGUCCGACACGCCUUCGCGACAACACUAUGCAUGGGCAUGCAAGCGCAUCAACCACCUGCUCGGGCGAAAUUCCAAGAAACGUCACCAGACCACGACCAUCGCCGCAUCAAUGCUGCUCGGCUUCUACGAAAUCCUCACGGCCGAUCAUCGAGCGUGGAAUAUGCAUCUAAAGGGCUCGAAGCAGCUCUUCCUCGAGACAGACUUCGUAUCGCUUGCGCGCAAGUUCCGCCGCAUGAAGCGGGAAAAGGAGGGCCAUCGGGUACAGGCUGAGGGACAACAUGAUACAAUGUCUUCACCAACAGGUUCGACUCAGGACGAGAUCCUGUCUCAGAUCACAGAUGUCGACGAUGCUAUGGUUAGCAGCCUGUUCGGGAGCGAGGUUAGCUAUGAUGGACCGGUGCCGAAGGAGGAGGGCGUGCCGCAGCCCCUGGAUCUGAGCAAUUUCGAGAUUUUGAAGGAUCUGUAUUGGUGGUAUUUGAAGCAGGAUGCUUAUCAGAGUAUCAUCAGCGGCAAUCCUCUUCUACUCGAUUACAGCCAAUGGGCCGAUUGUCCGCCACGCGCGCCUCUCGGCCGGUUUGACGCUGUAUAUGGAUCCUUUGACCAUCUCAUCCUCUUGCUUGGGAGGAUUGCAGACUUUUCCGCACGCGAUCGGAAACGCAAACUGCGGCAAAUGGAGGCGAAUGGAGGGCAGUGGAGGCCUGCGCCUGGCAUGUCUCUGCCCGGCACUCCGCGCCACUCGAAUCCGAAUACUCCUACAUGGGUAACGCCAAACGGACAACCGGCGCCGGCGAGCUCCUAUUUCCCUCCUCCACAACCAUCUGCAACAAUAGCUCAAGAGACUCCCCAGUUCUUCGGCAUGGCGCCCCCACCGCGUCAAGGCGUGCAAAUGCCAGCAGCGUACAACGCGCCACCAGCCUACCCCCAACAACCACCCGCCACCUCCUCCCCAUCCUUCGACGAGCCCGACCUCAAAACAGCAACAGAGCAAGCAAUGGAAGAAUACGGCCGCCUGCGCGCCGCCCUCCUCCAAUUCUCCCGCAGCCUAGGCCCGGCCUUCGACCCCCUGACCUCCGAAUUCCAACCCCCGCUCGACACCCCCUUCGGCACCGCCCUCUUCUACCGCUCCUACGACAUCUCCUGCCUCUGGGCCAUCUUCCACAUGGCCGAGAUCAUCGCCAUCCGCUCCCACCCGCACAUGCACCCCGCCGCGCACGCAGCCGCCGCCAUCGCCUCGCACCAAACCGCUUACCAAGCGACGGAGAUAGGCCGCAUCACUGCUGCGCUCGUCCCCGGGCCGCCGGACACGGCGCUGAAUCCCAUGCUCGCCGCCGCGCUGUGCGAGACGUGUGUCCCCUCGUUCUUUGCGGCCGUGCAGUACAAGAAUGCGCAGCAGCGGCACGCCACGGUGUCGCGGAUCAAGUACAUUGCGCAGCGGACGGGCUGGGGUAGUGCGGAGGUGAUUGCGAACGGGUGCGAGACGGCGUGGGUCAAGGCGUACGAGGCCGGGCGCGGCCCGCCGUAUACCCGGAUUGCGAGGUCGGAUGUCAGCGAGGAUCCGCGGUUGAAUGGGGCGUGGGAGAAGGCGAGGCCGGUGAAGGCGGAGGAUGAUCGGGGGCUUGUGAGGACGCAGGCGGAGGCGAGGUUGCAGUGGGCUAUUGGGGUUCUGGGAAUGGAGGAGGAUGUCUCUUCGGCGUUCUGA